UCGCGCACUCUCCUCUCCAUCCACCAAAAUCCCUGAAUUCACUCUGUGUGUAGAAGACCGUUCUCCUUCUCAUUCGUCAGUUCGUUCGUAUCGGAUCAGAAGCAACAAAAAAUCGGCGAAAUGGCGCCAACGAAGGCCGAGAAAAAACCAGUCGCAGAGAAAGCCCCGGCGGAGAAGAAGCCGAAGGCCGAGAAGAAGAUCCCCAAGGAAGGCGGCGUCGAGAAGAAGAAGAAGAAGGUGAAGAAGAGCACCGAGACGUACAAGAUCUACAUCUUCAAGGUCCUGAAGCAAGUGCACCCCGAUAUCGGGAUCUCGAGCAAGGCCAUGGGGAUCAUGAACAGCUUCAUCAACGACAUAUUCGAGAAGCUCGCGCAGGAGGCCUCGCGAUUGGCUCGCUACAACAAGAAGCCCACCAUUACGUCGCGGGAGAUCCAGACCGCGGUCAGGCUGGUCCUGCCCGGUGAGCUCGCCAAACACGCCGUUUCCGAGGGCACCAAGGCCGUCACCAAGUUUACCAGUUGUUAAUUAUUUUUUUUUUUCUCUUAAAAUAAUUUUUUGUGAUUAUAAAUAUUUUGUUGAUCCAGGUUUCUGGAUAUGGUGUUAGGGCAAAUUGGAUAUAUUAAUGAAAUUGGAUCCUUCAUUUUAAUAAGAUGUGUGGAGAGGUUUUAUA